CGCAGCUCUUUUUUCUUCCCCUCCUUUAGCCCACCACCAACCCACCCGGUUUACCAGCUUUUCAACAUGGCUGCUCAGGCUAGUGAAAAGCUGCAGAAGCUCGACCUCAACGGUCAGAGUGGCGACGCGAAGGCGGACGUCCCUGCCGCCGGUCAAGCAGAAGCCGGAGAGGCGGAGGAUGAUUCCGAUGACGACGAAGUCGAGGACGGAAACGCUGCCCCCGAGGGUGCAGCCAACGGAGCCGCCAAGAAAAAGAAGAAGCGCAAGUCCAAGAAGAAGAAGGGAGGCGCCAAGGUCCAGAGCUCUCCUCCGCGCGUUCCACUGUCGACUCUGUUCGCCGGCAAGGAGUACCCCGAGGGUGAGAUUGUCGAGUACCAGAAUGAGAAUUCGUACCGCACCACCAACGAGGAGAAGCGCUACCUCGACCGCAUGAAGAACGAUUUCCUGCAGGAAUACCGUCAGGCUGCGGAGGUUCACCGUCAGGUCCGUCAGUAUGCGCAGAAGAACAUCAAGCCCGGUCAGACUCUCACGGAGAUCGCGGAGGGCAUUGAAGACUCGGUCCGUGCCUUGACCGGUCACCAGGGUCUGGAGGAGGGUGACAACCUCAAGGGUGGUAUGGGUUUCCCCUGUGGUUUGAGUAUCAACCACUGCGCUGCCCACUACACCCCGAAUGCUGGCAACAAGAUGGUGUUGCAGCAGGGUGAUGUGAUGAAGGUCGAUUUCGGUGCCCACAUUAACGGCCGCAUCGUCGACAGUGCUUUCACUGUGGCCUUCGACCCGGUGUAUGAUCCUCUCCUGGAGGCUGUGAAGGAUGCUACCAACACUGGUAUUCGCGAAGCGGGUAUUGACGUCCGCAUGAGCGACAUUGGUGCCGCUAUCCAGGAAGCCAUGGAGAGUUAUGAAGUGGAACUCAACGGGACCAUGUAUCCCGUCAAGUGUAUCCGCAACUUGAACGGUCACAACAUUGACCAGCACAUUAUCCACGGCGGCAAGAGCGUUCCUAUUGUCAAGGGUGGUGAUCAGACCAAGAUGGAGGAGGGUGAAACCUUCGCCAUUGAGACCUUCGGCAGUACCGGAAAGGGUUAUGUGAGAGAGGAUAUGGAAACCUCCCACUACGCUUUGAUCCCUGAUCACAGUCAGGUGCCUCUGCGUCUCUCUUCGGCGAAGAACCUGUUGAACGUUAUCAACAAGAACUUCGGCACUCUUCCAUUCUGUCGCCGUUACCUCGACCGGUUGGGCCAGGACAAGUACCUCCUGGGGUUGAACAACCUGGUUUCGUCGGGAAUUGUCCAGGACUACCCGCCUCUUUGCGAUAUCAAGGGCUCUUACACUGCCCAGUAUGAACACAUUGCCCCUUGGUCAUUUUUGAAUCUCAUCCUUCCCUUUUCCCCCGUCAUGUCUUCGUCCGUCGUCGAAGCCACCGCGGAUGCUUCACCGCAUCUCCGCGUAUCCGCAGCAAAGAGCCAGGCACCGCCAACCACUACGGACAAAACGCAGCCUUUGGCCAGAAUACCCCCUCCAGAGCAGUCCGCAGUCGAAGAUCAAUUCUUUUGGACCUACACAGAAGAACCGCAUCGCUCAAGGCGGCAGGCCAUCAUCAAAGCCCAUCCGGAGGUCACCAAGCUUUGCGGACCAGAGCCCUUGACUAAAUAUGUUGUUCUGGGUGUCGUCUCCCUGCAGGUCUGCUGCGCGUACCUGCUCCGCGACACCUCCAUGUUCUCCUGGAAAUUUCUCGCGACGGCAUACGUGAUCGGAGCCACUGCAAACCAGAACCUCUUCCUCGCCAUCCACGAGAUCUCCCAUAACCUGGCUUUUCGGUCCGCCAUGGCCAAUCGCCUGCUAGCCAUUUUCGCCAAUAUUCCAAUCGGGUUGCCAUAUAGUGCUGCAUUCCGGCCCUACCAUCUUACCCAUCACAAAUCACUGGGCGUGGCUGGCCUCGAUACCGAUCUCCCCACCGCUGUUGAAGCGUUCCUCCUCGAUUCGCUUCUGGGCAAGGCCUUCUUCUGCACAUUCCAGAUCUUCUUCUACGCCGUCCGCCCUAUGUUCAUCUACAGCCCUCCCUUCACUUAUAUCCACCUCCUGAACCUCGUCUUCCAGCUCUCCUUCGAUUACGCCCUGACCAAGUUCUGCGGCGGCUCCCUCCAGCCGGUCCUCUACUUGCUUCUCAGCUCCUUCCUCGCCGGCUCCCUCCACCCCUGCGCCGGCCACUUCAUCGCAGAGCACUACUUCUUUUCUAAAGUCGACCACGGUACCGAAUCCAUCCAGGAGCAGAAGAGCCAGCAGAAGACCUCCGAAAAGCCCCACCCUCUCGACUCUCUUCCCCCGCCGGAGACAUACUCCUACUACGGCCCCCUCAACUUCUUCACCUACAACGUAGGCCUUCAUAAUGAACAUCACGAUUUCCCCGCCAUCCCCUGGACAAGACUGCACGAACUUCACCGCAUCGCCAGCGAGUUCUACGAGCCGCUUCCCUGCCACCACAGUUGGGUGUGGGUGAUCUGGACAUUCAUUCUGGACAAGAACGUUGGCAUGUGGUGUCGUGUGAAGCGUGCGCAAGGCGGUCGUCUCGUCGGAGGCGGCAGCGGUCGUGCGGGUGAGAGUAUUUCGGCUUCAUCGGCUGGUCCGGAGGAAUCGGGAGAUGGAUGGAAGGAAAGCGAGAUCCAGAACUGAUGAUCUCAUCUGCCUUUUCUCUCCCAUCUUCCCACAUCCAAAAUCUACUCUCGCUCCCCCUUAGACGUACCGUACAUACGGUGUUGAUUGAUUGAUUCAUGACCCCUGUGAAAUAUACUAGAGAUGAUAUCCCCCUGUCUUCUGGUGUUAUUGUUUCCAUGAACUGACGGACUGCUCGGUACCGGUACCGAAGUCUACUACUAUUUGGAACGGAAAUACUUUCCUAGCAUGAUGUGACAUACAUAUGCGCUUACUAGUCUCGUCUUGUAUUGUUAUGAAAUGAAUUAGAAUUAUAGUUUCAC